UCCUCGAGCAACAUGGCGGCAGACGAGGAACCCGAUUCCCCCACAGAAGCCCUUCAGACAGCUGCAGAAGAGGAGGAAACGAAAACAUUUAAGGACCUGGGUGUGACCGAUGUACUGUGUGAAGCUUGUGACCAGUUGGGGUGGGCAAAGCCCACCAAGAUCCAGAUUGAAGCUAUUCCUUUGGCCUUGCAAGGUCGUGAUAUUAUUGGGUUGGCAGAAACGGGAUCUGGAAAAACAGGUGCUUUUGCUUUGCCCAUUCUGAAUGCACUGCUGGAGACUCCCCAGCGUUUGUUUGCCCUGGUCCUCACCCCUACUCGAGAGUUGGCCUUUCAGAUCUCUGAACAGUUCGAGGCCCUGGGGUCAUCUAUUGGAGUACAGUGUGCUGUCAUUGUUGGUGGAAUUGAUUCGAUGUCUCAGUCACUAGCGUUGGCCAAAAAACCACAUAUAGUAAUAGCUACUCCUGGCCGACUGAUUGACCAUUUGGAAAAUACCAAAGGCUUCAACUUAAGAGCUCUUAAGUACUUGGUCAUGGAUGAAGCAGACCGGAUACUGAACAUGGAUUUUGAGACAGAGGUUGACAAGAUCCUCAAAGUGAUUCCCCGAGAUCGGAAAACAUUUCUCUUUUCUGCUACCAUGACCAAGAAGGUGCAAAAACUUCAGCGUGCAGCUCUCAAGAACCCUGUGAAGUGCGCUGUUUCCUCUAAGUACCAGACUGUUGAGAAACUGCAGCAGUAUUACCUUUUCAUUCCCUCUAAAUUCAAGGACACCUACCUGGUUUAUAUUCUCAAUGAGCUGGCCGGCAACUCCUUCAUGAUAUUCUGUAGCACCUGUAACAACACUCAGAGAACAGCAUUGCUGCUUCGCAAUCUCGGGUUCACGGCCAUCCCCCUCCAUGGGCAGAUGAGUCAGAGCAAGCGCCUUGGAUCCCUUAAUAAGUUUAAAGCUAAGGCGAGGUCCAUUCUCCUAGCGACUGAUGUGGCCAGCAGAGGUCUGGACAUACCCCAUGUGGAUGUAGUAGUCAAUUUUGACAUUCCGACUCAUUCUAAGGAUUAUAUCCAUCGAGUAGGACGAACUGCGAGAGCUGGGCGCUCUGGGAAGGCCAUUACCUUUGUAACACAGUAUGAUGUGGAACUCUUCCAGCGCAUCGAGCACCUAAUUGGGAAGAAACUGCCUGUCUUUCCAACGCAGGAUGAGGAGGUCAUGAUGCUCACAGAGCGUGUGAGCGAAGCCCAGAGAUUUGCCCGAAUGGAGUUAAGGGAACAUGGAGAAAAGAAGAAACGCAAGCGAGAGGACCCAGGAGAUGAUGAUGAUACCGAGGGCGCUAUUGGUGUGAGGAACAAGGUGGCUGGGGGGAAAAUGAAGAAGCGGAAAGGCCGCUAACGGCUUUAGAAAGACUUGUGCUUGCCAGCUGUAAAGAGAGGUGGAAGACGGCAGUGAGCCCCCUGGAGUAGAGUUGAGAUUCUGUCCAGGAUGCUCGGCCAUCUGGGAGCUUGUUCUCUCUGAGGAUCGGAGUGUCGUUGCAGUGGGACAUCUUUCAGUGUUGACACAGGACUGACCGCUCUUCAGCUGCACCUCUCUCCGCCUUCCCACCUGUAAGGCCAGGCCUGGCUGUAAGGAGCAUCGUCUGCAGUCCACUGUGAAGCUUGUACACAGUGGCUGUCAGCCACCUUAUCUCAGCCUGAUGUACAUCAAUAAUUACUAUUUUUAAAGAUGUAUUUUUAUUA